CUCGCCGACGAUCGUUAUACGAGCGAUUUUUCUCACGCCCUGCCCCUCACGUGCUUGAUUUUUUUGGUUGCGAGUGAAAAGAUAAUCAACGAAUUGAGUGAAUUUUUCCGAGAUUCGCAUAAACGAACGAAAAUAAAGAAAAGGGAAUCUCUCGAGUGCGUGAUCGGAAAGCGGAUCGCACGUACCUGGGCGGUGAUCUUGCACGUUCGCUAUCAGAGCGCGGUACAAUCGCGUAGCAACAUGGCCGGGGUGCUGUUCGAGGAUAUUUUCAAUGUGAAAGACAUCGAUCCCGAGGGCAAGAAAUUCGACAGGGUGAGCAGACUCCAUUGUGAGUCGGAAUCCUUCAAAAUGGAUCUCAUUCUGGAUAUUAACUGUUGGUUAUAUCCCAUGGAGUUGGGUGACAAGUUCCGCCUGGUACUGGCCACGACGUUACGUGAGGACGGAUAUCCAGACGGGAACGAGUGGAACCUUCUAGAGCAGGAGGGCGGCACGAGAGCGGACAGCUUUGAGUAUGUCAUGUCUGGCAAGGUCUAUCGGAUCGAAGGCGAUGAAGCCAGCAACGAGCCCAGCAGUAGAUUAUCGGCCUACGUAUCCUUCGGAGGUCUUCUGAUGAGACUGCAAGGCGACGCGAACAACUUGCACGGUUUCGAGAUAGACCAACACAUGUACCUGCUGAUGAAGAAACUCGCAUUUUAAUAUCGUUCAUGACACAUUCUUGUUUAUACAUUUUUUACUGUAUAGUAAUUUACACUGUAUAAUAAAAAUUUAUAAUAAUUGAUCCGA